UUUAUCAGUACCGGGGAUCCAACUCACGACUGCCUGCUUGCAAGGCAGGCGCUUAUGCCGCUGAGCUAAAUCCCCAGUCCCCCUGCGUCUCCUUUGAGGUUCCAAGACGGCACGAGUUUCUAGGCCCUGUUCUCCUCCCCAGUGUUGUGCCAGGAUCGACACCCCGAGAUCGUACAGCUUUCACGGGGAACUGGAGCGGGAUGCCGAGGCCCACGUACCUGAAGCAAAGCCCUGAGACUCACGUCCCGUGUCGGAGCCAGCGAGAUGGGGACCCCGCGGGCGCGAGGCAGAGACCCCGGGAUGAGCGGGGUGCCGGGGCCCGGGUUCCCACGCGCGGCCGCCCCAGCUCCUAGGCGCGCUCAGCGGAGCGCAGAAGGCGGAGCUCUUACAGGAGAUCGGGCCCCGAGGCCGCCCAGAUCCAGGUCCGAGCUUCCCCUGUCGGAGAACGACCACCACUGGGCCCUCCCUGUCCAGGACCGCGCCUCCCCUGACCCACGUGCAGUCUGGCCUCAUUGGUCUGUGGUUUUCUAAACUAGCUCGGCUUUUUUCACCGCCUGGAGUCCCCGCCUCUGCUGGGAGCCCUGGCCGCCAUCCUGCGCCCGGAUUCAGGAACAGCACGCUGCCCACUCCCACCUCCUCGAAGGACUGGACUGGGGCCCUGAGCUAUAUUACCAGUCCGCUUUUCUGUUUGUUUGUUUGUUUGUUUGUUUGUUUGUUUUUUCUCUCUCUCUCUUUUUUAAAAUAUAGGCCCUCCCCUGUGUCACUAAAUUGCACAGGCUGAGCUCAAGUCUGCUUCAGCAUCCCAGAAUGCUGAGAUUACAGGUGCAGCAACAGCACCACUCCUAGUUUAUGGCCUGUACUGUUAAACGUUUUAUUCUCCAAUGUUCAACAAUGCCAGUCUUUUUCAAAAGCCAGAUCUUAUUACUCUAUUGAAAUUCCUAGCAGGAUGUGGUGGCACAUGCCUGUAAUCCCAGGACUCAGGAGGCUGCGACAGGAGGAUCCCUGGAGUUUGAGGCCAGUCUGGGCUACACAGUGAACUUGAACUGUACAAGACCCUGUCUCAAAAAAAAAAAAAAAAAAAUCCUCUGGGCCUGUGUUCCCAGAUGCACUCUGCCCCACACCUUGCCUAUUGACCUUGUUUGCUAACUGUGCCCUGUGAGAUGAGGGGCUUUGUAUAGUGGGACCUCCGACACCUGAUGCAGUGACUCAGUAAUCUUUGCUGAAUGGAUAUGAAAGAAAUUUCCUCCUCCUAUUCCUGUUGCUGGGUCUCUGCCCAGAGCCAGGAAGUGAGGGCCCUGGCUGUGGGUGGGGAUGUGCUGACCUUGCAGUGGUUCUGGCACUGAUUUCCACCCAAACAUGUUGCCAGUCUUCUUCCUCUUGGCCAGCCUCUCACCACUAAUAUAAACUCGGGUUGGAGGCUACGGACUACGACGGACAUCAAGGCAGGAUGAGCAGUGAGCCUCUGUCCAGGGCUUCUGGGCCGCGCAGUGCCUCUCAAGCCCUGUACAAGAUGCUCUUGACUGUACUGGUGAUGGUGAAUCUCAUGGUUGGCAAGCUCGUUGUCCCCAACCCUCAGCCACCUCCACUCCCCAAAUACCUGCGCUGCUAUCGCUGUCUCUUUGAGACCAAGGAGCUGGGCUGCCUGCUAGGGUCUGACAUCUGCCUUGUGCCGGAGGGCAGCAGCUGCAUCACUGUGCACAUACGGAAUGCCAGCGGCUCUGACAUCAUGCUGAGUGACUGCCGUGGCCGGGAGCGGAUGCAGGACUGCACGCACACACGGCCUGCCCCUGUGGCCGGCUUCUGGGUGUUUUCUCAGUGCUGCUUCGUGAAUUUCUGCAACGACCCCCACAACCGAGAGACCUACCUUCAUUAGGGGCUCUGGGGUGCACACCACGCUCCCUGCCGCACUCCUGAUGGCACCUGCAAGUGCCUGGACCCCUACACCCAUGCUGCCCCAGGCUACCCCUCUUGCUCAAGUCCCCAGGUCUCCUCUGAAAUAAACCCAUCUGCUAAGCGUC